CGGCGGCGGCGGCGGCCGAGCGGGGUCAGUUCUCUGUAGUGUUUGCCAAUGUUGGAGUCGUCUGCAAAGUGUCCCCGGCGAGAAGUUUUUGGAGCCGUGAGGGAUACAGCAGUUUGGUCAAUAUUGUUUUAACAUGCUUCAAAUAAAUCAGCUUCUCUCCAAGAUAAAAUGGCAAACCCCAAAGAGAAAACUCCAAUGUGUCUGGUAAAUGAGUUAGCCCGUUUCAAUAGAGUCCAACCCCAGUAUAAACUUCUGAAAGAAAGAGGGCCUGCUCAUUCGAAGAUGUUCUCAGUGCAGCUGAGUCUUGGGGAGCAGACAUGGGAAUCCGAAGGGAGCAGUAUAAAGAAGGCCCAGCAGGCUGUCGCUAACAAGGCUUUGACUGAAUCUACGCUUCCCAAACCAGUUCAGAAGCCGCCCAAAAGCAGUGUUAACAAUAACCCAGGUAGUAUAACACCAACUGUGGAACUGAAUGGGCUUGCUAUGAAAAGGGGAGAGCCUGCCAUCUACAGGCCGUUAGAUCCAAAGCCUUUCCCAAAUUAUAGAGCUAAUUACAACUUUCGGGGCAUGUACAAUCAGAGGUAUCAUUGCCCAAUGCCCAAGAUCUUUUAUGUUCAGCUGACUGUAGGAAAUAAUGAAUUUUUUGGGGAAGGAAAGACUCGACAAGCUGCUAGACACAAUGCUGCAAUGAAAGCCCUUCAAGCACUGCAGAAUGAACCUAUUCCGGAAAAGUCAGCUCAGAAUGGUGAAUCAGGAAAAGAAAUGGAUGAUGACAAAGAUGCAAAUAAGUCUGAGAUCAGCUUAGUGUUUGAAAUUGCUCUGAAGCGAAAUAUGCCCGUCAGUUUUGAGGUUAUUAAAGAAAGUGGACCACCACAUAUGAAAAGCUUUGUUACUCGGGUGUCAGUGGGAGAGUUCUCUGCAGAAGGAGAGGGAAAUAGCAAAAAACUAUCCAAGAAACGUGCUGCAACCACUGUCCUGCAGGAGCUUAAGAAACUUCCACCUCUUCCUGUGGUUGAAAAGCCAAAACUGUUUUUUAAAAAACGCCCUAAAACAAUAGUAAAGGCUGGACCAGAAUAUGGUCAAGGAAUGAACCCCAUUAGCCGCCUGGCUCAAAUUCAACAGGCCAAAAAGGAAAAGGAACCAGAUUACGUUUUGCUUUCAGAAAGAGGAAUGCCUCGACGUCGGGAAUUUGUGAUGCAGGUCAAGGUAGGCAAUGAAGUUGCUACUGGAACAGGACCUAAUAAAAAGAUAGCCAAAAAAAAUGCUGCAGAAGCAAUGCUGUUACAGCUUGGUUAUAAAGCAUCCACUAGUCUUCAAGAUCAACUUGACAAGACAGGGGAAAACAAAGGAUGGAGUGGUCCAAAGGCUGGGUUUCCUGAACCAACAAAUAACACUCCAAAAGGAAUUCUUCAUUUGUCUCCUGAUGUUUAUCAAGAGAUGGAAGCCAGCCGCCACAAAGUCAUCUCUGGCACAGCUCUAGGCUAUUUGUCACCCAAAGAUAUGAACCAACCCUCAAGCUCUUUCUUCAGUAUAUCUCCCACCUCGAGUAGUUCAGCUACAAUUGCCAGGGAACUCCUUAUGAAUGGAACAUCUCCUACAGCUGAAGCCAUAGGUUUAAAAGGAAGUUCUCCUCCUCCCCCUUGUUCUCCAGUACAACCUUCAAAACAGCUGGAAUAUUUAGCAAGGAUUCAAGGCUUUCAGGCUGGUUCAGAGCCCUCCCUUCCUGAACCUCCAUGCACUUUCCACCUCUCUCCUGGAGCCACCUGAUCAUUGGACUGUAAACUCGAGGGCUGAGGACCGUCUCCUAAGUCCACGGAAUGGUGCGGAGAAGAGAGUCAAUGGCUCUAUAUCAUAUUAAACUGAUGAAUCAUUUUAGAACAAAUUAUUACUUUAAAAGUGUAGGGAUGUAGUUCUCUAAAAAGCAAAACAGAGCAACAUUUUAGAAACUGCCUGUAAUGCCAGUUGCUGGUGUCGAGGAUGGCGUCAUGAAUUCAAAUAACAGGCACUGUCCUGGCAGUGCUGGCUGCCAUGCUGCUGCUUUUGCCCAUGGGAUUCAGGACGUGUCCAUCUGAAUUUGGUCUUGGAGGAAGGAUGAAGUACAAUUAUGAUGUAAAAUUACUAAAUAAUUAACAGGGUAUGGAAAAAGCAAAUACCUUAAGGUUAUGUCUUCUACUUCUGUCAGAGCCGGUUGUCAAACCUUAUUUUAUUGGAGAAAACUUCGUAGGGAACCUUAAACUAACCUCCAGCGUGCGUAGUUUUUGCAUUUUUAAUUGCCAUUGAGAGCUGACUGCCUUAACUGGGUCACACAAUGAGCUAGUAGCAGAACUAGGGGUCCCAGGCUGCUUCCCUCUUCUGUGCGUGCAGGAGACAGAAAAGCAGAACCUUUUCUCUAUGACUUGGGUGUUGGUAAAUGGGACUAACGUCCACCUUAUAGGUGGGUUUGGUAAAACGUUAUUUAGCCGUCCCUAUAUCAGAAUUCAUGUAAUAAAAAGUCAUACAUUAACAAGGUUCUGCUGUGCUAGAUUUCACUUGUAUUCCAGAAAGAAUGUUUUAAAGACCGAAAAUAUUCAAAUCCAUCCAGCUGACCUGUAUUCCAUUAUAUGAUCACUUACACUAGAAAUAUAGAUUUGGAACUAACCUUUGCCUUUUAACAUUUCAAGGAAGUUACGUUAACUUGAACUAAAUUCCAAUGCUCUGUAGCAAUUCUAGAAGCAGCUUCAAAACAAUGACUUCUUCCAUACUCCUGUACUCAUAAAUAUCAAAUUUUUUUUAAUUUGUUUUUCUAUCAUGUCAUUAUGCUGGCUUCUAAAAUCUUACUGAGCAGUAUCCGAAGGGACCUACUGAUAGGAACAUGGGGACUUGAUGAGCUCAUGGUCAUUGUCAUCCCUGACUUUGUAUGAAAUGUAGCCUUUUAAAUUGUCGUUGACACUAAAAGUGAACACUAAUGGCAUCUUAAUAUGAGACUAACUCUGGACAUGACUGUAUUUUUCGUUUCCUUGCAAAAACUGCUCCCUUGCUGACGGCAUGGCUGAAACAAAACCCUUAGCAUUUAAAAGUAAAGAGCCAGAGUAAUGACUCUGUAAACGCCACUUCAGUCAGACUCUGAUACCAAAUACAGCGUUACGUUCGAUGCAUGUAGGCAUGGCCUUAGAAUGUCCCACACAGUGAAUCUCUGAGUCUCGCAUAUCAAUCACACCUCCUUCACAUACCUGGCCUGGAGCCUUAAUGGAAUUCCUCCUCGUUAUUGCAGUGAUAGCUCACUUCCUCUGUUUUUCCAAGCGGCUGCUUAUUGUGCCAGCUUCUUCAAGGAGCAUUUUCUUACCUAAGCAACGCUGUGAUGUUGUAAUAUAUGCUGACAGUUCAUUUAUACAGUCCUUCUUGUUCCAAAUGUUUUUAUGUUCAAUUACUGAAAUUUAAUCAUCAGAAGAGAUUGCAUUUUCUCUAGAUCAUGCAGCUUGGCUUAAAUGUUAAGUUAAUAGUAAAUUACUGAAAUAUAAGAUUUCAAAGGUUUAAAAAUUCAGUAUCAAGAAAAUUCAUUAAAGUUUGAACUGAUCACCUUUGAAAUUAUAGAUAAGAGCCGUGUAAAUGGUCACAUAUAAAUCACAUAUUUUAAGAGAAGUGAAUUUGACAUUAUAACAAACUGAGUCAAUGAUUGUUCAUGAUUGUCUAGACAAGUUGUGAGGGUUGGUUUGGUUUUUUUUUGUUUUUUUUUUUCCUGAUUUCUUCAAGUUCUCGUGGACAUGCUUUUUGGUUUUACUUUACAGCCUCCUCUCCUCUUAAUGUUAUGUUGUUAAAAUUCCUUCAAGCCAAGUGAUCCUUUUUAAUCUUUUAUCAGCAUGUUGAAACACUUUUUCUGUAACUCCAUUUUUAUGCUACUAAGAAUAGAUGCCAAAAAGGGAAGACCAACCACUCUAUCCUCCAAAGUUGUUUCUUGUUUUAGGCUUUUAAAUUCUUCCGCUGACCGCUGACCACUGACCACUCUGUGCAUGGGGCUUUUUAAAAAGUUUCUUGUGGAAGGUACAAAGCAAAUAUUAUAUAUUGUUUUUGGUUCUGAUACAAGGAAAUUAGAAAAGGUAUGGGAGCUCUGUUUACCAUUCUUUGUCGAGAAAACCACCAAUUAAGCCGUCUCAGUUGGCUAAAGAGCGCCAUUUAAUCUGAACCCAAUUCUUUGUGUGAUCCUGAAAAUGAAGUUCGUAAGUUUUAUUUAGUGAGUGGUUCAAAUCAAUUAACUAUACAUAACAAUAUUGCAGUCCUCAAUUAUUGCUAUAUGAUAAAAUUUCUAUACCGCAGUUCACAAGUCUUGAUCUUUCUAUGAAAAAAUUAAGUAGUAUAUAUAGCUUGUAACCUAAAUAAAAGACUUCUGUUAAAAAUAAAACUGAGUACAUUUCAUGCAAAUACGUAGUCUAGAUCGUAUUAAAUGAAAGGUUAUUUACUGAAAUGACUUCUGCUACUGUUUCUUAAAAGAACUUUUUUAGCUUAGGGUGUUUGCAUGAGGGUGUGUGUUUGCAUGUAGUAAGUUUACAAAGUGCCAAGGCAAGGACUUUUUUCUCUUUCCUUUGGAUUCCUUUCAUACCUAGAAAUAUGUCAUGU